UUUUUUAAGGAAGGAGCAUUAAUGAACAGAAUUGACGUAGAAUAGAUAGUUAGUUGAUCUAAGAAGCCGAUUUAUUCAUAACUACUAUUUUUUGUAAAUAAUACAAUAAUUACGUUAAACGUUUUCUGAAAUUUCCAAGGCAAUCUGUUCGGUGGUCAAAUUUAGCGAGAAAGUCGCUAAUUUGGCUGCGCUAAUACCGUGGUCAAACCCAGAGCCUGACAGAGAGGAUGCCAGCAGCAGAGGAGUCAUAUGGCGUCAACAAAGUUGUGGACAACAUAUGCAGGAUUUCUCCAGAUCUGUUAGCAGAUGUGUGUCAGCACGUACUGACUUAUCUUCAAGGGCAGAAGAGAGGAGUAGAUUCAGCUGAAAUUUCUGAUAGAUUUCAGAGAGCUGAAGUGAGGCUUGAUCAUGAAGCUCUGCAGGACAUGAUCAGAUUUCUCUUGCUAACAUUCCGGUCAGCUGGAAAGAGCAACAUCUCUGGGGAUGAACUUGUGUCAAAGCUGGAAGAAGGCUCUACCAAGUGGACCAAAGCUUCCCUUCAGGUCUUGCAUAAGUUGUGGAGUGAACAUGGUGUGUCAGUCCACACUCAACAAGAGGCCCAGGCCAUGCUCAGCAUCGGUCAGUUGGUGGACAUGCAGUGGAAGCUUGGCAUGGCAGUGAGCUCAGACACCUGUCGAUCUCUCAACUCCCCAUUUGUGUGUCUGCUGCUGAAGAUUGUUGAGCCUUCAGGACAAAUCUGUCAGAGGUCUUUUGAGAUGACCAUCCCACAGUUCCAGAACUUCUACAAACAGUUCAAGGAGAUGGCAGCUGUUAUGGAGACUGUAUGAUUGUUAGCACACCUAAGUGCUUGUUACAGUUAUACCAGGUUUAUGUGCAACUAACGGAAGAAACUUUGACAUAAGUGUUUAUUUGCUGGUUGUCUCAAAACACCAACUCUCAGUUUUGUGCUUGUAUUUUUCCACAGAUUGCGCAACCUCCCACUUGAUAAUACUUUUAGGAUGUCUAGCCUUGGGUUAGCUUAGAGUUAUGCAUUAUAUAUUUAAAAUGCUAAGCCAGCAAAAUCUGACUAAUAUAUGUGUUGCCAAAUGUGUGUGAUGUGAUUCAGUCUGUAAUAAAUUUCAGUUUGCCUGUGA